CGGGAUCAUUUCAUUUGCUCGUUCUUCAUCUAUUGACAGAACUUGAUCGAGAAAGUUGAAGACGGACAGGUCGCCAAAGAGCACUGCAUCGCCAUGGUGCAGUGUAAAGUGCUGAAGCAGCUGUCGAUCUUGAGCCAACGGAAAUUCGACGACGAGGACAUCACCGCCGACAUCGAGUUCCUCAACGACAAGCUGCAGGCGUCCGUGCAAGACCUGAGCUCGUUCGACGAGUACUCGACGGAGGUCAAGUCCGGCCGUCUGGAAUGGUCCCCCGUUCACAAGUCCGGCAAAUUCUGGCGCGAAAACGCCAGUCGUCUCAACGAGAAGAACUACGAGCUCCUGCGGAUCCUUAUCCAUCUGUUGGACACCAGCAAGGACCCACUCGUCCUUAGUGUGGCUAGUUUCGACAUAGGCGAAUAUGUGCGCCAUUACCCACGCGGCAAACAUAUAAUCGAAUAACUUGGCGGCAAACAACGUGUGAUGCAGCUUCUCGGACAUGAGGACCCUAACGUCAGAUACGAGGCUCUCCUCGCGGUUCAAAAGCUCAUGGUACAUAAUUGGGAAUAUCUCGGCAAGCAAUUGGAGAAAGAGCAGACUAGCGCGUCUGGACCGCCCACCAGCAAGCCUGGAGCACAAGUGCCAGCGAAAGCCUGAACGCACUCGCGCAACUUGUACAAAACUUGCGGAUUCGGUUUGGGAGUACAAGAGUAUUACAAGUCGCGUGUAUCGCGCAAUAUAUCGUGGUGUAAUAAUCUGCAUCCGCUUGCAAGACGCGCGAGUUAUUCAAAAUAGUUACAUUCCCUUCCAUUCACUAUAUUGUAAAAAAAAAAAAAGAAUACACAAUCGGUUAUACUUU